CAAAAACAAAAACAAAAAAGUCUCAUAAAAUUAUAGCAGUUUUGCCUGUUUUCUUCAUUGCAAUCUCCAGAAAGAUACAACUCUUUUGGGAGCUCUACCAUUUGUUUUGAUUGCUGCCUUUUUCUCGCUUUGUUUUAUCACCACUCACUCCGAAAAGUAUACCCCACUUACGUUUGAAACCUCGGUCUUGGACCCAUUCUAAGUUUGAAGGCUGUCCGAAUUUUCCUGAAAAGGGCACCGAGUCAAAUCGCUGACGUUUCAGGCAAUGGAAGCUUGACGAAUACUGAUAACAUAGAGUGGACAUUAUAGGCACCCAAAAAAUGGGUACACCGAUAAGAAGGUCCACAAUUUCAAACUGCCAAACAAGGAAGACAAAUGACACAAUGAGGCUUAUUAUGACGACUUUUGUGGGGAUUUUAUUUGGAUUCUUUUUGGGCGUAUCUUUUCCAUCGAUUUCAUUGACAAAGGUUAAUUUGCCAUCAAACAUAUUUCCUUCCAUUGAUCUUACUUAUAUCGAGGAUAAGUACUCAGGUCUUUCUACUCAAGCUCUGUUGAAUGUAUGGUCUUCCUUUAAGGGGCGUAGAGGCUUCUCACGCAAGUUUAAUAAUACUAAGAUAUGGGUUCCGACCAAUCCUCGAGGUGCUGAGAGACUGCCACCUGGCGUUAUAGCAGCCGAAUCCGAUUUAUACAUUCGCAGAUUGUGGGGUCUUCCUAGUGAGGAUUUGAUUGUUAGACCCAGAUACCUUAUUACUUUUACUGUUGGCUAUGAUCAGAAAAACAACAUUGAUGCUGCAUUGACGGAAGACUUUACAAUUUUACUGUUUCACUAUGACGGUCGAACGACCGAAUGGAACGAAUUCGAGUGGUCAAAACGGGCUAUCCAUGUAAGCGUACGAAAGCAGACUAAAUGGUGGUAUGCAAAGCGCUUUUUGCACCCGGACAUUGUGGCACCGUAUGAUUAUAUAUUUAUCUGGGAUGAAGACUUAGGUGUCGAUAACUUUGACCCAGAGGCAUAUAUAAAACUGGUGAAGAAACAUAAGUUGGAUAUUUCACAGCCCGGUUUGUCUCCAGACAGUGGAAUGACAUGGCAAAUGACACAAAGAAGAGAAGAUACUGAAGUUCAUAGGGAUACAGAGGAAAGGCGGCCCGGCUGGUGCACGGAUCCUCACUUGCCUCCCUGUGCUGCAUUUGUGGAGAUCAUGGCUCCAGUGUUCUCUCGAGUUGCAUGGCGCUGUGUUUGGCAUAUGAUUCAGAACGACUUGGUCCAUGGAUGGGGUCUUGAUUUUGCUCUCAGAAAAUGUGUGGAGCCUGCGCACGAGAAAAUUGGAGUCGUAGAUUCUCAAUGGAUUGUGCACCAAACUGUUCCUUCCCUUGGGAAUCAGGGUCAAGCAGAGAACGGCAAGGCACCAUGGGAAGGGGUACGAAAGAGAUGCGAAAAAGAAUGGGAUAUGUUUGAGGAUCGAUUGGAAGCGGCUGAAAAAUCAUACUUUGAAGCUAUGGGAAUUAAACUUCCUAAUGCAACAGCUGGGGCUCAUUAGGAGAACUGUAAAUGCAAAUUUGCAUGGAAAAAAGAAAGAAAAAUGGAGGAGAACUUUUUUUUGUGUUGUCUUUUUUCAUUCGUGUUGAAUCUCGACUAGCCCCUUUUUGUCUUUAGACCCAAAUUCAGAAAUUCUGCCCUUAACUCUGGGUAUUAAUAGAAAUGAUUUUUUUUUUAACUGUUCCAAUUUAUAUUGUCCUAGUGCCUUCAGUUUAGUUUUUGCAUAGUUAGUCUUCGUCUGGAGUCAGUUUAGUCUCCCUUAAUGAGAAUGG